AUGUUCGAAACCAGUCAAAACUCCCAAGAACACGACAUCACCGCCGAUGAAUACGACGUAGACGAUUUCGACGAAGAUUGUCUGAUUUACGCCCUCUUCUGUUUCAAAGACGUCCCUCUAGAGAUGAUCGAAGACGUCCUCCAGAGGAGCGUAGAGGAAGUGGGUGAAUACUACUAUUGGCUGGCCGAUCAUGAUUACUCGACCCUACCGCAAUCAGAGGACGGAGAACUGGGUACCAGGCCUCCUUUACCCCGUAGCUGGCGCUCUCCUUUCCUUGGUUCGUCUCUAGAGAUGGCAUUCGAGCAUGUCAAGAACGCCCCGGGGAGGCUGCUCAACAGGAAGCAUAUCGUCGUCUUAGACAAGGAGCUUUUCGGGACGAAGAAGAUGCUGAGAAUCUAUCGCAGAGAAGGAUUCGAGCCAGACUUUGCCGACGAGCUUGGGAUGAACAUACAGCCAGGAGAUAUUACUGAAGUGGGAGGAUAUGCUUAUACUACAAUUGUAAAGCUUAUUGGAUACGAUNNCGCGAGACAGGCACUUGGGGGUACCAAGUCAGUGAUUGGAAGUCUAGAGGAUUGCCUUUCAACAGGUAGUCGCUUGUAG